AUGUAUCUUCUUUCGUUUCUUUUUUUUGUUGUUGUUAUGAACGAGAAUUACUGUGAAAGCACCUUUGAUGGUUUUCUCUGCUGGGGUCAAACAAAAGCUGGCGAAAGGGCUUACUUGCCUUGCCCUUUCAAUACAAAAGCUUUUGCUUUCAAGGACUGUCUUCCAAAUGGAACCUGGUUUCGGCACCCGCUAUCAAAUCUGUCGUGGACCAACUAUACACAAUGCUUUACAGAUCAGCAACCAGAAACAGUCAUGUCAGUCUUCACAUCAGGCUACGCGGUUUCCAUUAUUACUCUCAUAAUAUCAAUGAUCAUUUUUAACAGUUUCAGGCAACUGGACUGUGCUCGUGUUUCCAUUCACAAAAACCUAUUCCUAACAUAUAUCCUGAACGGAAUCGUUUGGAUCAUAGAGUAUAAAGCAAUCGUUACUGAAGGCCAAGUCCUGCUUGAAAAUCCCAUUUGGUGCCAAGCCGUUCAUGUAAUGACCCAAUACACGACUUGUUCCAAUUAUUUCUGGAUGUUCUGCGAGGGGCUUUUCAUGAACACCGUCAUCGUACAAACAUUCUCAACGACUUGCUACCUGAGGAAUAUUUGUUACAUCAUUGGAUGGGUUGUCCCUUUGCUUCCGACGACUAUCUACACAGUCCUCCGGGCAUUAUACGGAGAUAACAAAAAAUGUUGGACAGGUAGUAGUGACCUCCAAUGGAUCAUCCAAGGACCCAUCACAGUCUCUCUGCUCGUCAGCCUCGCUUUGGGUGCAAAUAUUCUACGGAUUCUCAUUUCUAAAUUACGGGAUGGCAACACAGACCAUUAUCAACAGACGAGCCGUGGUGUCCGGGCUACACUGAUUCUCAUUCCCCUACUGGGGCUUCAUUAUUUCAUUAUGCCCCUACGCCCAGAAGAAGGUCAGGAAACUGAGUAUAUUUAUAACAUAAUCUCGGCCAUUUUAAUAUCCUUUCAAGGUUUCUUUGUGUCAGUAUUAUUCUGUUUCCUGAAUGAAGAGGUCAUAGCGGUCAUUCGGCGAAAAAUAGAACAGAUGCAAUUAGAACAUGGUCAUCUCGACACAAGACGUCCGUCAAACGCACUUACUCUAGUUGAGAGUACUUCGUUUUCCACUAGAGGGCGUAGCAGCAGUGCGCCUGGAAGCCCAAAACAGAAUGGAAUUGAAACGGAAGCCAUGUUGCAGAGCAUCUCUUGA